AUGGAACGACCUUCUCAAAUGCAAAACCCUAUGUCAGAUCCAACGAUGAUGACAGAUAUGUUAAAGGGCAAUCUUUUAAACGUUCUGCCCAUGAUUAUCAUCGGUGGCUGGAUCAAUUGGACAUUCAGUGGAUUUUUAACAACUAGAGUUCCAUUUCCUUUAACUCUCCGUUUCAAACCGAUGUUACAGAGAGGUAUCGAUUUGAUAUCCUUAGACGCCGCUUGGGUUUCUUCUGCUUCCUGGUAUUUUCUUAAUGUCUUUGGCUUACGUUCUAUCUAUACUCUAGUCCUUGGUGAGGAUAACGCGGCUGAUCAGUCGCGUUUAAUGGAAGAACAAAUGAGUGGGGCAGCAAUGGCAGUACCUCAAGAUCCAAAACAAGCUUUUAAGGCUGAAUGGGAGGCAUUACAAAUGGUAUCUCACCAGUUUGUUCUAGGCAAGCAGUCGUAG